UCAUAGCACACCCGCUCAGAGAACUGGAACUAUGCCGCGGGGCCGGCCUCGCAAACCGAGACUUAAACCCGACGACGAAACAGAUGCCAAUGAAAAUAAGGUGGCUGGUUUCAGUGAUGGCGAAUUCAAAGAGAAGAAGUGCACAAUAUGUUCACAGAUAUUUACCACGGAGAGCCAGCUGCAGAAGCAUCUUCGUGAGCAUGAGAUUAAUGACAAGCCUCAUCGAUGUGACCAGUGUCCACAGACGUUCAAUGUGGAGUUCAAUCUCAAACUCCACAAGUCCACACACACAACCUCUGACUUCACCUGUCCUGUAUGCAAUAAAAAGUUCUCCCGCAUCGCAAGUCUCAAAUCCCAUACUAUGCUACACGAAAGGGAAGAGAAUCUGAUCUGUGCAGAAUGUGGGGAUGAGUUUGUUCUUCAGAGUCAGCUGUCUCUUCAUUUGGAGGACCACCGCAAGGAGUUGUCCGGCAUCAAGGUCUACACCUGCAAGACGUGCGGGAAGGAGCUCAAGACAUCUGCACACCUCAAGGACCACAUGAAGUGUCACAUCAAAAUGAGGCCGUUAUCAUCUAGCUCCAGAAACUACAAGAAAAAUAUUGAUCGCAGUGGGUUCACCAACAGCUGCCAUCACUGUGGAAAGGCAUUCAAAAAGCCCAGCCAGCUUGUCAGACACAUACGCAUACACACAGGUGAAAGGCCCUUUAAGUGCACACAUUGCAGCAAGGCUUUUAACCAGAAGGUGGUGCUGCAAACUCACAUGGUGAGACAUACUGGGGAGAAACCUCAUCUCUGCAUCUUUUGCCCGGCUUCCUUCUCCCAAAAGGGGAACCUGCACUCUCAUGUUCAAAGGGUUCAUUCAGAGGCAAAAGGUGUGCCAUUGUUCCCCUGUAUGGACUGCAGCUGCGUAUUUAAGAAGUUGGGCAGUUUGAAUGCACACAUCGGCAAGAUGCACAUCUCUGUCAUUGAUGUGCCUUCCAGCACUUCGGAGACAGACGCAGCAGGUCCUGUGGGGUCAGACGGUGGAGAGGCAGUCACAGAUGUCAUCCAGCAGCUACUAGAACUCUCUGAGCAAGUCAAUGGGGAGACAGCCCAGCCCCAACCCCCAGAGCCAGCUGUUGCCAUGGAAAGCGCCAUUAACCAAGACAUCCUACAGCAAGCUCUCGAGAACAGCGGGCUGAGUGUAGCCCCAACGCAGAAUGUUGAUGGCAAUGCCAGAGAGCCUCAGAACCAGACAUCUGAUGGCACUAGUGCAGAAAUGAGAAAAACACCGCUUCUAGACAAACCUGUCAGAGAAAGAAAAAGAAGCAUUUUCAAGAAACCUAUACAAAUGCCAGGCUCCAUCAGGGAGGAAAAUGGCAUCCGCUGGCAUGGAUGCCCUUACUGCUCCAAGGAAUUUAAGAAGCCCAGCGACCUUGUCCGUCACAUCCGCAUCCAUACCCAUGAGAAACCUUUCAAGUGCAAACAGUGCUUUCGGGCCUUUGCUGUCAAGAGUACCCUAACAGCCCAUAUGAAAACUCACACAGGCAUCAAGGCAUUUGAGUGUCAGUGCUGCCUUAAGUGCUUCUCUACUUCUGGGAGCAUGAAGGUACACAUGCGACUACAUACUGGUGUUCGUCCUUUCUCCUGCCCUCACUGUGAUAAGAUCUUUCGUACAUCAGGACACAGGAAAACACACAUAGCCUCACACUUCAAAAGCUUACAGCAGAAGAGGCAUAGGUUUCCACGAAAAACAAACAAAGCCAAAGCAUCUAAGAGUAAUUUACCACUACCUGACAUCCCACUGCAGGAGCCAAUUCUCAUUACGGACUUUGGCCUCAUCCCAUCACAGAACCCUCGCCUGGCGUUCCAACAGUACCUGGAGGUGGUGGGCAGCGAUCGUCCAUACAAGUGCCAGUUCUGCAAUAAGGCCUAUAAGAAAUCAAGUCAUUUGAAACAGCAUGUUAGAUCUCAUACAGGAGAAAGGCCAUACAAGUGUGUGCAGUGUGGUCGAGGUUUUGCCUCCUCAGGGGUUCUCAAGGCGCACAUACGGACCCACUCAGGACUGAAGGCAUACAAGUGUGUCAUGUGUGAUACAACGUUCACCACCAGUGGUAGCCUACGCCGUCACAUGACGACCCAUAGCGACCUACGACCUUACAUGUGCCCCUACUGCCAGAAGACCUUCAAGUCAUCUCCAAACUGUCGGAAACACAUGAAGACACACAGAUAUGAACUGGCUCAGCAAAUGCAGCCUCAGUCAGCUGAAGACCCCCUAGAAGCUGGAGCAGUGCCCCAUGAUAUGCAGGUGGAGAUUGAGGGAAACUCCCUUCAGCACCCACCUGGACGUUCAAGUGAGCAAGAAAACAUGCUGGAACUUGGCCAAGCAGAAGGUGUAAAUGGAGGCCAGCCGGUGACAUUAGAAGCACAGUUGAGAGACCAACCACUGGUGCAAGAAGAAGACUCCUAUGUGACUACCCCACAUGCUUUGCCUCAGAAUAUCACCCAAUUUGAGACGUCAACACUCCCUCAGGCCACAUUUGACCAGCAAGCUUUAACACAAGGCUUUACCAUGACAGAAUCAAGUUACAAUCAAAGCCAGUUUUCCACUGUCCAGCAGCUACAGGAUUCCAGUACCCUGGAGUCUCAGGCCCUGUCAUCCAGCUUUCACUCUCCCAGUUUGCUUCAUGUUCCCAAUGCUGAAGUGACAAAUGGGCUUCUGCAGCAGAACAGUCAGGGAGACCUACAACUGGACAGUGAGCCACAUGAUUACCAGGAGGACAGUGAAGGCAACAGCAAGAGAGCAUACAGGUGCAGUUGGUGUAAUAAAGGCUUCAAAAAGUCAAGUCAUCUAAAACAACAUUUGCGCUCCCACACUGGCGAGAAGCCAUUCAGAUGUCAGCUCUGUGGAAGAGCUUUCGUGUCAGCUGGGGUGCUGAAAUCCCAUCUGAACACACAUACAGGAGUGAAACCCUUCAAGUGUAACGUUUGUGACGCCUCCUUCACAACCAAUGGCAGUCUGAACCGCCACAUGAUUAUCCACGUCAAGUCAUUCAAAUGCUCAAUGUGUGACGAGAGCUUCAGGACAAGCCUGCUGUGUAAAAAGCACAUGAAAAAAGAGCAUGCUUUAGAAGAUCAAAUUAUUGGUUUGGAAGAUCAAGAUGUGGAGGAGGAUGAAGACGAAGAAGAUGAAGGGGAUCAAAAAACAUCGAAGAGACGGGGAAUGGAAAUCAUCACUUUCACAGAGGAGCAGGCAGCAGAACUGGCAAAGGAUCCUGGUGAGGAGGCAUCUGUGUCAGAGCGAAUCCUUUCCCAGUCUGCAGCUGAGAGGGAUCGGAUCAGUGAGAUUAAAGACAAAGCGGUGGUGCUGGAGACAGAACCCAAGUUUCCGAACUGCUGCACUUUCUGCCCCAAGAGCUUCAAGAAGCCCAGUGAUCUUGUCAGGCACAUUCGAAUCCACACUGGAGAAAGACCGUACAAGUGUGAUGAAUGUGGGAAGAGUUUUACUGUUAAAUCUACUCUGGAUUGUCAUGUGAAGACACACACAGGUCAGAAACUGGUCAACUGCCACAUGUGCAACACUUCCUUCUCUACAAAGGGUAGCUUAAAGGUGCACAUGCGGCUCCACACUGGAUCCAAGCCCUUCAAAUGCCCGUUUUGUGACCUUCGCUUUCGAACUUCUGGGCAUCGCAAAACCCACAUCCAAUGCCACUUGCGGGCUAAUGGCGAGAGCCGCAAGUCCAAACGGUCUUCCUCGUCUUCUGCUCAGACCCGUCAAAGUCAAGACACAGGGCAUGAUGGGGCCUCAGGACACGGCCAGCAUACGACAGUAUCAGAGGCACUUCAGACUGUGGGGCUGCUCCAAACCCCCAACUCUGACAACAUCUACCUCCCAGCAAACCAAGUGCUGACUGGGCAGUUUGACCAGAAUCUGUUACAGUCGGGCCUGGUGGGACAGGCAAUUCUGCCUACCUCAAUGUCAGAUGUGAAUGUGUCCCUAUCAGAUGGGCUGACCACACUUGAAGGGAUUCACCUCCAGUUGACUCCUGCCAACUUGGUGUGCCCGAAUGUCCAGAUCUCUGGCAUCGACACGAGCAAUUUAAACAACAUAACACUUCAGAUAGACCAUGCCCUUCUCCAACAGACGCUACAGCAGGGGGGCCUUCUCUCACACCCUCUGAGCGUUGACACCGGUCUUGUCCUCCACUCUAGCAGUCAGCUCAUGUCUUCUAGUGACCCAUCUGUGUCAGCCAAUCUUGUCCUCCAGCCCCUGAGCAGCCUGGGCCUACAACCCUCCACCAUCACCCCUGCCCAGGUCACAAUGCCUGGCCUCUCUGAGCAGGACACUGCAGGCUCUCAGGACCUGAGCCAUGUCAUGGGCAGCACUGGGUUGGUGAGUGGAGGCACAGGCAGUCAGGAGAUUACGCUCACUAUCAACAAUUCCAGCCUCACACAUGCUCUAGCGCAAGUACAAGCAACAGCUUCUGGUUCCAACACCGCAUCAGGAAACCCUCAAGAGAUCACGCUCACCAUAUCAGGUCAAGAUCUACUCCCCCAGCACAGCAACAAUGCAGAGAUGAAUAGCAGUCUCAGGCUGGCAUCACCACUUAUAGGCCAACCCACUAAUGCCACCCUGACUAUCACCAAUGACCACCUUCUACCUCAGAACCCCACCAACACUGGAAUGGCUGUCACCAGUCUUCCUUCAAGCACCUCACUGUCACACACCACUUCAUCUCAAAGCCUAGUAUUGUCACCUGGAGAUGUGGCCAAUGAUGGUAGCGUUACACUAACCCUAGCAGACGCCCAGGGUAUGCUGGAUGGUGUUACUGUCAAUCUCAAUACACAGGGUCAGACAUGCCCUGCAGUGCUGAGUGACUCCAAUCUACAACCAGGGCAACCAGCAAUUGGAGGCCAGCCGAUCAUACUGGUCAGCCAUCAUUCCCAGUCUGUGAUGGGAACAUCUGACAAUGGAUAUAACCCAAGAAAUGAUAGCCACAAGAGCAGGAAGGGUCACCCCACGGAGGCUGAUAAUCGGCACAAAUGUUUCUACUGUAAUCUCGUUUGCCCAAAUGCCAACUCACUACGGCAUCACUGUAGACAAGCUCAUAGUAAAGACCGAUGCCACGUCUGUAGUAUCUGCAACAAAGCUUUUAAGAGAGCAAUGCACCUUAAGGAGCAUGAACGAGUUCACCAGCCAGGCCCAUCGCUUAGCUCCCUCAAACCUCGAGUCUUCAGCUGCUCCUCGUGCGGGAAGGCCUUCCCGAAGCGCAGUCAGCUGGAGAGACACAACCGCACACACACAGGCGAGCGUCCCUUCAAGUGUCUUCAAUGCGACAAAGCCUUCAACCAGAAGAGUUCUUUGCAAGUGCACAUGGUCAAACACACAGGAAAGAAACCCUUCAAGUGUGAGAUAUGCAGCAUCCGAUUCACUCAGAAGAGCAACAUGAGACACCACAUGAAGCGAGCCCACGGCUACGGUCAAAUUCAGGAUAUGACUCUGCACCAAGAAGAACCAACCGCUCAAGUUACUGUAACCCCGGAGCUAGACCUGGAAGUGGUCCCUGAGUCAUCUGGAGAUUGGCAUAAUGUUUUCCCAUGAGUCAUCCCAGAUCACACAAAUCCAAAACAGCUUAUCAGAGAAAAAGAAAACAGGUUAUAUAUUGCACAUUGUUGAGUUUGAAAACAAAACAACUGCAAAUGUUUGCCAAACAUCAUCUUGCCUUCAAAAUGCAAAUAUUGCCCUUCUAUCUAUAGAUGCUAUUUUCUGUCACUGCUUUUCUCACUGUGAGGCUUUGAACAAUCUCAUUUUGACACAACCAGUCAGAGAAAAUGUAGAAUCAAUCAAUCCCAAAAAAUGUGGAUGAUGAUAUGUCCAUAUAGUUUCACGAUACCAUAUUAGAAUUAAGUAAUAGUUCAUGUUUUUAAGUGUUGUAGGCUUAAAAGGUUGACUUUCCUAGUAUUUCAAUGGGUCCCCUAUGAAGGGUUCAUUUAUGAAUUUCUCAAAUUCUCUUGAGAGGUUUGUUUAGGUAAGUAUGGGCAUUAAAGAGAGCUGGGAAAGUAGACUGGUUUUUCGAAUGCGAAAAAGGAAAGUGUAGCCUAAAAAAAGCCUCGCAGAGAACGAGAGACUUUAUUACCGGUCUGCUCGCUGGGACGAAUGCAGCCAACGGUACUGCUGGCGUGGCUUCCAAAGCAGCUUAACAAGAGCACAUUUUUUCUCCCCAACUGUUGAUUUUAUUACUUGGUCUUAUACGGACAUUUAUAGUAAUACAUGUUUAUAGUGUAUAUUUUUUGGUUUGUUUUUCUGCUCCUUUUGUAAAUAGUGAAUUAGGUUUGUUUAUAGUUGAUCUUCUGCAAAAUGGUUGUAUUUUGAGCCUACUGAGCUUACUGUAAAGCAGACAUCAGUUAUUUUCUAUUGUCCUUAA